AUGUCGUCGGCGCUUGCUCAGCUAUCCAGCGACGCAGAACUAAGCGUUGGGUCUGUACAGGAUGCCUUGACUUGUAACGUGACGCUGUACGACCAGUGGUACGACUCUCCUUACUCCGGCGCGCUCCUGGAGGACCUGGUCGACUUUUGGAUAUUUCCGGACGCUGAGCUCACGAAUGGCCAGGCGUUGGAGGUGGUUUCGUCAACCUGCCGGGUCAUGAUGGAUACGCUCCGCCUCGACAGAGCGGGGAGAAACGGACCCGUGCAGGACAAGUAUAUCUACGACGUCAUGUGCGCGAACGAGUGCACGCUAAGCGACUCGAUUCGGGAAGAGGCGAUGGAACUGUCCAGUUGUACCUGCUUGGAGUUGUCGACUCAGCCUUCGAAUCCGAUCUACCACACGGAAGGAGACUGGUGUGUGGAGAAUUCAGGGAGGAUACUUUGUGAGACGUUUGGCCAGUGCGGGGCAUGGAACUGUCGCAUCAGCGACUUCAUGUGCCCCAGGUACGAAUACAACAAGCAGACGGUGCCCCAUCGUGGGAAAGGGGACUGCAGCGGGGCGAAGAGAGCGGGGGGGAGGGGGUCCCGGGAGUAUGCCACCACCGUCAUACCCCCUUUGUCGGUAGCAGUGUUCAUUGCCGCCGCGGUCUCUAGAUUUGGGUUGUAA